AUGAAGACAGCCCAGAGUCGCCGUCUUGGAGGUGCCGAGCGGCCAGUGAUCGCGGCCCCAGCUCCUCGACACCCCCUAGCCCGCGAGAACCUCGAAGGGGCCAGGGCCGUCAUGCGUCGACUUGAGGAACACCAUGCAGCACAGAAGAUAGAACUCGGCUACGCUAUCACACUGCUCGAGAAGCAGCUCGAGACGCACGAAAAGCUGCCCGGAACUCUACAGAACCUUCAACUGCAGAUAGACAGCCAUGAGGCGCAACUGGCCGAUGGAUACCGGACUCGGGAGUGGAGGGUUGGUACCGUACAUCAGGCGCUAGAA